AUGUCCAAGCAAGCGUCUCCGAUUCUCACGCCGCAGUUGACACCUUCGGUCACGGGUUACGUGAGCACCAAGCUCUGGGACGAACGCCCCGCCAAGUACGCCAAGCAUGUGCUCAAGAAUGUCUGCAUCAUCCUGUUCGUCCUCUCAGCGUUUAGCCAAGUCACGAAUUUUGCGAUCGCCCAGUCGCUCAAGAAUUUUUUCCAGAAGCUGGGCUGGUCCAACAAGGGCUCCACUUCCAUGAAGCUCACGUUCGACUCACUUUGCCAGUUCAUGUGCAUUGUGGCCGGUUACGUCUCGGACGAGCGUCUCGGGAAAUUCAAGACUCUGCUGUCUGCCGCUACACUCGAUUGUUUCGGGCUUCUUCUACUCGCCAUUGCAGCGUUAUCCGCUGUGCUCCGUCACAUUGGUGCGAGCAAAGCCAUCUUCAACGUCGGCUUGUUCCUCGGCGUCGCCACCUCCCAAGUCUGCCUUCGAUCGCUCGUGAUCUCGUACGGAGGAGACCAGUUCCCGCCCACCGCCCCAGCAUCGGAGAAGUCCCUCUUCUUCAGCAUCCAGUACGCGGUCGCUAAUGUUGGUGCAUUCAUCGGCUACGCAGCGUUUCCGUACGUGUCCAUCCAUGGCCUUGGUGCGAUCCCUGCCGACUACGGCUACUUCACUGUGUACAUCGUCGGUCUCGCCAUGGUCAUUCUGUUCCUGGCAACGCUCUGGGUCUCCCGCAAGCGCUACGUGAACGUGCCCCCAACGAGAGAAUCCAUCGCCCUCGUGAUCAGGAUCGUGACGGACCACGCCAAGAAAAACUUUAGCGCCAAGAUGGUCGCCCUCGGAACGAUUCUGUACAUUGCCGCGUUUGCGCUGAACAUCGCGGCCUCGUUCCUGUCGGACCAUGGUGAAGUUGGUCACAACAUCUCGUACGUGUGCGGGGUCAUGAUCGUCGUCGCGACAGUGCUUUGGGUUUACUUUGGCCGCACUUCAACCUUCAUGGAGUCUGCCAAGGACACGCUAGGCGGUCAAUUCGAUGGUGAGUUGGUGGACGGCGUGAAGCAAGUGGUUCGGAUUCUGCCUCUAAACGCUUUCCAAGUCGUCUUCUGGAUGUGCCAGAACCAGCGCGGCAACAACCAGUCGAUCAUUCAGCAAACCGACGUGCGUCUCGGCAGUGGCCCCAAUGCGAGUCAAAUGCCAGGACCCACCGUCCAAAUGUUCAACCCCAUCGGCUGCAUGCUCUUCGUCCCCCUCACAGAGAAGGUGAUCUACCCGCUGUACGCAAAGUACACGGGUAAGCCUCCGAGUCGCUACGGGAAGGUGCUGGCCGGGUACUGCGUCGUCACUGUCGCCAUGAUAUGGACGGGUUGCUACGAGAUCAUCCGCCGCAAUGCAGGCCCACUGACCUAUGUGGACACCAAUGGGGAGACUCAGUUCAUCUUGAACGACGAUGGUGGACAAGUGAUGAACGACAUUCCGUGGUGGACAGCCAUCCCGCAGUACCUGCUCGUGUCCUUCUCGGAGGUGCUGGCGGCCGUCGCGUCUUACGACAUCAACUACUCGGAGGUGCCCCAGAGCAUGCGCAGCACAGCCAUCGCGCUCGCCUUCUUCGCCAACUCCAUGGGAAGUACGCUGCUCUCGGUGCUCGUGCUGCUCUUCGGCAAGUCCAUUCCGUCCAACCUGAACAGCGGCCACAUGGAGUACCUCUACUUCACACUCAGCGGUAUUAUGGCCCUUACGAUCGGCGUCUACGUCGUGGUGAUGCACAAGAUGCAACUUGGCAUGAUUCCUCGUGUGCCAGUACCGUAA